GACCUGAACGAGUGCGGACGCGUUUAAGGACACAAGCAGCCUUAAAAGAGCCUGUAAACAAACCCAGAUAGCUCUGUGUGCGCGAGUGCUGGUCCGUAUGUGUGCUUAGAUCAAAUUGGCAUUAUAACCGAUCCGUGGUAAAACCCUAUAAAUCAUGCCCGAAAUCGUGGAGCUAAAUGUGGGCGGCGUGAGCUACACGACCACAAUGGCCACUCUGCUGGCGGACAAGACCACGCUGCUGGCCGAGCUCUUUGGCGAGGGUCGCGAUUCGCUGGCCAAGGACAGCAAGGGUCGCUACUUCCUGGACCGUGACGGCGUCCUCUUCCGCUACAUCCUGGACUUCCUGCGCGACAAGGCGCUGCACCUGCCCGAGGGAUUCCGCGAGCGCCAGCGGCUGUUGCGCGAGGCGGAGCACUUCAAGCUGGCCGCCAUGCUGGAGUGCAUCCGCGGGGAGCGGGACGCCCGGCCGCCAGGCUGCAUCACCAUCGGCUACCGCGGCAGCUUCCAGUUCGGCAAGGAUGGCCUGGCCGAUGUGAAGUUCCGGAAGUUGUCGCGCAUCCUGGUAUGCGGACGGGUGGCCCAGUGCCGCGAGGUCUUUGGCGAUACUCUCAAUGAGUCUCGGGAUCCCGAUCAUGGCGGUACGGAUCGAUAUACCUCGAGGUUCUUCCUGAAGCACUGCUAUAUCGAGCAGGCCUUCGACAAUCUGCACGAUCAUGGUUACCGCCUGGCCGGAAGCUGCGGAUCCGGAACCGCCGGCUCGGCGGCGGAACCCAAACCGGGUGUGGACACCGAGGAGAAUCGCUGGAACCACUACAACGAGUUCGUCUUCAUCCGGGAUUAGGGAACUACGACUUGAGAGCACCCCACCCAACACCCCAGCUCUGUAUCGUUAUUUUUCAUUUGUGCGGAACUCAUUUCGACAUAAGCCUCCUUUGCCAUACCCAUCAGUAUUCCACGGAUUAACCUUUAUUAAUGGCCGAGACAAGGAGGCCGCACAGAAUUCAAUGGCUUGAGUUUCAACCCACCUCUUGAUAUACAAAUGGGAACAUUUCAAAUGUACAAUUGAACUAACAAUCCACACUUAAGUCUAGAAAAUUGUUGACAUACAUGGAUAACUUAAUGAGGGAGUGUGUAUUUAAUUAUUUGCUUUACGUUUAUCUAUAAAUCACGGUGGGCCCCCAUUAAAUUGGAUAUUACGAGCAGCUCUUUGAUGAAUAAAAACGAGUUUGGAUUUACUGGCUGACAACAAGUGAAAACAAUUUGGCAAGUGCAGAUAACAAAAUAACAAAAACAAUGCCAACAUUUUAUUAGCCCCAACUUUUGUUGAUGCAGUGCAGUGUAAACAAGAUGAGAGGAAGACAUAAAACAGAUCAGAUCCAAUGAAAUAAACUCAAACGAGGCAAGGGCAACCUCGCCAGCUGGAUAAACGUAUUUGUGGUCAAUCAAUCACACUGAAAUCACACUGAACAAUUUGAAAUACGGGUUACUCUUUGAAAACUAACGAAAUAUAGUAGCAACAGAUACCACAAGCAAACAACUCAAGCAAAUGCUAAAUCUAAAGUUUUAUUAGUCUAAUAAAAGUCGAAACUUGAAGUAAAGAAUAUACAAAUAGCGAAAUAGGAUAAUGGCGAACAACAUGUGGCCCCAAAUAUAUGUUGACCGAAGCUGAAAAGCAGCCUGCAAUCCAUAAAACUCAAACACAAAUCGAUAUUAGUGAAGUACCCUAUACAAAUAUGAAUACAAACCAAACAACGGCUGUCAUAAGAUAUGCCCUUUUGCAAUAACUCUUGAAUCGUUUCCGAUUCAACAAAAUGGCUUGGGACAAGCAUAUGGCCGGAUUUGUAGGCCACAUUUGGCCUGGCAUUUUUUGAGGAGCGAUAAACCUAGAGUCCUGGCGCAACAAUUGGAAAUGAUUCAAUAGUGAAUUUUAGAAAAUAGCUGAGCCACUCAUAAAAUAACCCCCUUCAUCUGCCAGAAAAGCAAUCAUCAUUUACCACUCAUCACUUGACGAAGCCAAAUGAGAAAACUCAUUGAUACUAUCCCCAUUCGAUUGUAUGAUUUAUUAGUAAACUGUAAUGAGAAAUGCCAAAAACCAAAAACCAAAUGGUCACAAGGACUUCCAGAAUCAAGUUGGGAAUACGACACCACAUACGAAACUAAAUUUGCUGAACUUUUGGAACCCCUCUGUUAUUAUUGAUUUUAUCCAUUUACGGAGCGAAUUCAUGAAAAUGUUUUUCGCUGACAUAUCUCGCAUCGCGUUUUCGACAUUUCCGCAGGUUUGUUGCUGAAUUCAUGUCCACAUGAAGGGGAAUUUAUGGGCGGAAAUUUGAAAUGAAAAUGCCGAUGCGCAACAUUGAAACAAAACAGCCAUGAAUUAUACGAACAAAUUUGUAUAAAUCUAUAAAUUCUUUAAAUCGUGUGUAAGGAAGCGUGCUGCAAACACACAUAUAUGUAAUCAUCAGCAAUAACGUGGUAAUAUUCAUGAGAAAACUAUUAGGCUCCAUUAUAUACCGACUACUGACUCGAUGUGAGUUCACGGCUCUUACACAGAUAAUAUGAAUCGUUAUACACAUAUAUCUAUAUAUAUAUACCUAAUUAUAUAUUAAAACAAUUGUCGAUAUUGAAAGUAUCUUAUAAAUGUUUAGUAUUAUAUGUAAUUGAAUCCAAAUUGCAGAGGCAAGGCGACGGAAAUGUAUUGUAUCAUUAAUUAAAUUAAACUGAAACUAAUUUAAAUUAACUAAAACGAAAUGUAAAAUGUAUUUAGAGAAGCGCAAAGUAAAACUGCUAAAAUAGCCUAUCAAAGUGCGACUAAGCAAGCAUAUGUAUGUAAAGAGGUAUAACUUGCGAAAAGCGAAAACCAAACAAUAAAUUAAAGAAAC